CUUUUAUCAACAUAAAGAAAAUGAAAUCCCAAACUUUUGCAUUAGUCCUUGUCCUUUUAACCAUCAUGACCCGUGAUGUCGCAUUCGCGCAAAACCAUGAAUCUUCUUCUAUCAGUGCAACUGCCGAACCUGCUGGCAGCACGUCUAUUGAUUUGGCUGUCUCCGGUGCCUCAGCUACGACUGAUGCAGCCAGCGCCACACCGACCUCAGCUGCUUCUAUUUCAGCUCCUGCUAGUGCCUCUGUUUCUUCACCAAGCAGUUUAGCCUCAGGUAUCUCAGCCGCUUCAUCUGGUAUUAGCUCUGCAUCAUCCUUCAUCAGCGCUGCUUCUUCUUUGGCUUCUAGUGCAUCUGUUGCUCCAUCUGUAUCAUCUGCAGCUGCACCUGUCUCAUCUUUAUCUUCCGCUGCACCUGCUUCUUCUUCUUCUCCUGCCAGACCCUAUGCUGGCCCCAGCACUGUCAGUUCAUCCACUCAUAUCCAAGCCCCCCUUGUUAUGAUUGGCCUUAUCAGUUUCCUUUUUGCAUUGAUCUAAAACACACGCCAUGUAUUCUUUCAAACUAUUUCUACUAUAAAUAAUAAAGAAGUCCCAUUUUUAUUUAUAUUUAUAUCAAAUUCAAAGCAGCCUUUUUUUUAAUUUUGAAACCAAG